AUGAAGGAAUGUGUCUUUCAUUUUGAAAUUACAUACCGACUUACGAUGAUGAAUGAUACGAUACUGGUCUAUCCCUACGAUGGAAGCUUGUACGCGUAUAACGUCACCAACACAUCAGCAGCCGAACCCGUAUCGCCUGACAAUGUGAUAACAGGUGAUGGAUGGGAGAAUCCAAGACUUGUAACUGUUGUCAACGGCAAACUCCCAGGUCCAGAUAUAAUCGUGUAUGAGGGACAAGACGUUGUGGUGCAUGUCAAGAACGGCUUGCGCAGCGAGGGGACUACCAUUCAUUGGCACGGUCUGCACCAGGUCGGAACGCCAUGGAUGGACGGUGUCUCUUACGUCACACAAUGUCCGAUACUUCCAGGACAGUCAUUUACCUAUCGGUUUAAAGCCGAGCCAAAGGGAACAUUCUGGUGGCACUCGCACGUCGGAACACAGAGGUCGCAUGGUUUAUUCGGAGCUUUGAUAGUCAAAAAAAGGACCGAGACGAGUACAGAAGAUAUAAUACUUCAAAUACAAGACUGGAAUCACGACAUGUAUUCUGAUAUGGAAAUUACUAAAGAAAAAUACCGCGGAUAUGAUGGAAGAAUGCCUUGGCAUUUAAUUCGUUCUCUUGACAAUAGUGGGUUGACUUUUAGCCCUAUACAUGCCGGCCUUAUAAACGGAAGGGGACGAUAUUACUAUACGGAUGGCACUCACAAUGGCGCUCCACUGACCAUUUUCAACGUCAAGUCAGGCACAAAGUAUCGGUUCCGAGUUAUUGGAACUGCUUCAUCGUAUCCUUUCAGAGUAUCUGUCGAUGCUCACACGUUGACUGUUGUUGCAUCUGAUGGUUAUGACAUAGACACAGUGGAGGCGGAAUCAUUUGUCAUUAAUCCUGGCGAGAGAUUUGACUUCGAGAUCAUGGCCAGUCAGCCUGUCGGUAACUAUUGGAUACGUGGAAUAACUUUAGAGAAAGGACGAAACCACCGAGCAGACGCGAUUUUAAAUUAUAUAAACGCCCCUGCGUCUGAGCCAAAAACCAGCCGUAAACUGUGUACAGCAACAAAACCAUGCAAAGUGUUGAAUUGUCCGUUCACAUAUUAUCCAGAAAACUACACCGAGUGUGUCAAAUUAGACCAAUUAAAAUCGGCACCUUCCGGUGAGCCCGCACCUAUAUUUGAGCCUGGUAAAUCUAAAGAAAUUUUUCUUAAUUUUGGGUUUCCACCCUCAGUAAACGGUAGAUCGUUUGACACUCCUGAUGUUAAUCCUCUUUUGCAACCAAAAGAAUGGUCUUCUCCUUGCACAUCCCCACAGUGUGGCGAUGACCAUUUGUGUAAGUGUACCCAUGCGUUAGACAUAGGUAAUGGGGAUACUGUUCAAAUUGUCCUCUUUAAUAUGGGUAGAAGAAAAGGUGGUUCUCAUCCUAUACACAUGCAUGGACAUUCUUUCUAUGUAUUGAAAAUGGGAUAUGGGAAGUACAAUUCGACUACAGCGGAAAUCAUAGCCGACAAUCCAGAUAUAAAUUGUACAGGCCCUGGUAAAGAUUCUCAAAAGUCCUUUUGCACCAAUGCUACAUGGAGAAAUGCUACUUGGCUCAACGGAAAUGUUCCUAACAUAGAAUUGAAUCAUCCCCUACGAAAAGAUACGAUAAUCGUACCAACUGGAGGAUAUGUUGUUCUUCGUAUUAAAGCUGAUAACCCGGGUUUGUGGAAUAUGCAUUGCCACAUUGAACCACACAACCUCGAAGGAAUGCAGAUGCUCAUUAACGAGUCGUUUGCAAACAUCCCGCCAGCGCCGAUCGGGAUACCUAAUUGCUUUUCUUACCCCCCAACACCGUACAGAAUAGGCCUCAUAAAGAACUGCACAACAGACCAAUCAAACCAGGAAGAUGCACUGCCAGCCGGACAAGUGACCACAGAAAACCAUCAGGACCAUGCUGGCCUACUUAUCGCCAUUCUUGUGAUCCAAAGCAUUAUGUUGCUGAUGGUCAGUUUCGCGUGCUUUAAACAGCGCAACCAUCCAACGUGUAAAGUUGUCCAAGGGCAUGACAAUCCCGGGAUCAGUUUGGAACAGCAAUAG